CUUAGUUGCGGCGAUUGGGCAAGAAGGAAAACGUCGGGAGAAAGCGAGAGUGACAACCACCCUCGGCAGUGUUGCCAACCGCCCAGCUGGCCACUGAUUGGAUCCAAAAGCAGAACAGCACCCGCCUCCCCUUGCCGACCAUUGGCUGUCAGUGCGGCGGCCGGUGAGAGGGUCCCAAAUAUUACCAGGGAGGGGGAAAAAGCGAGGCGCUUCAACCGCAGCAGGAAUUAAGAACAGUAAUGGCUGCUGAAUCUCCCCGCCGCCCAAGCCGAUGUACUGGAGGAGUGAUAGUCCGGCCACAGGCUGUUACAGAGCAGUCAUACAUGGAAAGCGUCGUUACAUUUCUGCAAGAUGUUGUACCGCAGGCUUAUAGCAGUACGGCUCCAACAGAAGAAAAAGAGAAAAUUGUAUGGAUCAGAUUUGAAAAUUCUGACUUGAAUGAUACCUUAAGGAACGUGGAGCUGCACGAAAUGCACAGCACCGGGAACGAACCUCCUCUUCUGCUCAUGAUUGGCUACAGCGACGGGAUACAGAUAUGGAGCAUACCUAUUAGUGGCGAAGCUCAAGAACUUUACUCUAUCAGACACGGUCCUGUCCGAGCAGCCCGGGUCCUGCCAUCCCCACAGAUCAGUAAUCCUGAACAUACAACAGCAAUGGAGCCUGCCCAUUACAGUCAUACAGAGCCAUGGU